CUACAUGAAUUAUGUUAGUAUCGUAGUAAGUAUAUGCCAUUAAAGUAACUAGAGAGUCAGUAGCCACCAAGCCGAGGCGGGUCAUGUCAGUAAAAUAGAAUCGUAAUGCAGUUAGUGCAUGCAAAAUAUGUUUUCAAACUAGAGUAAAAUAGUGGCUACCAACUAGAAGUAGGUUGCCUAAGUAUGAACCAUUCCCACGUUGGGUAAGUUUACUAGUAGCUAGCUUGCAGCUGAUUCAUUCGGAUGGCAUGGAUCUUUCUUACUUUCUUCACAAACUAGCUAGUCUUUCCUUACAUUUUAUACCAAACGUACGCUUUUCAUUUCUCUACAUCUUUUACAUUCAUCUUUCAAUCUAAAAUGUCUUUUGUAUCUCUUUUUCUUGUGGUCAUUUUCAUGAUAUUUGCCGCCGGUGGUACUUCUCCACCGAUGGCCCAAGCUCAGAGUUUCACUAUAUCAACGAGAUUGACCAACACGAGUACUAGUGCUUUCAGAUACAAACUUCGUCAAAAGCUCCACUCCCAAACCGCAAAAGCUCGACCCCUUAAUCUUGAUCCAGGCAUAGUCUUCCCUGCUCUCCCGUCCGGCAUGGUCUACGUAAGCGCCCACAUUGGGAGUCCUCCACUCACCAUCAACCUUGCUUUGGACACCCUCUUUCCAUUCACUUGGGUUCAGUCAGUUGAUUGCCAAAAAUGCUUCAACGUUUCACCCCCAUUUUCCAACUUUGACCCCAAGAAGUCCACCACUUUCCAACUUCUUCCUCCAACCAACAGCACCAUCUGCUCGCCACCUCUCGCUCAUCUAUCGGCCGGUGCUGGAUCGUCGUGUUUUUACGACGCUGGGUAUUACUAUAGCAUGGGCAUAUAUGGAAUCGACGAGUUCCAUUUGUUGUCUCCCCUCUCCUCCUCCUCUUCAACUAAUCUAAUUGCAUUCGGCUGUGGGAUCCGCUCCAUGGUGGACUUCGAUGGGGGUUGGGGGUACAACCCUAUCGGAGGGAUGAUAGGGUUAGGAAAAGGGCACCCUUCCAGCAUUGUAAGCCAACUAGGCUCCGACCGUUUCUCUUACUGCCUUCCCGGCCGGUCUGAUUCACACUCCGGCCAGCCAACCCUCAACUUCGGCUCUGAUGCCUUUAUUGAUGCUAGUGCUACAAAUGUACAAACUACUCCAAUCUCCGGCCACGAGUACUACAAUUACCUCAACUUGACCACCAUAACUGUAAACGGAGAUGUCGUGUACAUCAUGCCAGAAACCAGCUCUAGAGCAAAGCUUGUGCUCUUGGACACAGGAGAACCAACCACCUGGUUUGUUGAGGACGCCUACUAUGGUCUGCAAGACGGCCUUGUGAGGUACUUUGCAGAGACUUAUGGUUGGAAAGAGCCCAAGAUAGUUUAUCCUAGUGUUUACGAUUUGUGUUACGAUCUUCCGACUAAUAUCUCUAGCAUCGUUUUCCCAAAAGUUGCUAUACAGUUCCUAGGUGGGGCUAGUUUAGAUCUGCAGGAUGCUUUUAAGAUCUUCCCGGAUGAGCAUCAGUUUUGCAUGGUCUUAAAGGAAGGUGCUCCAAACGUAGUAGGUGUUUACCAGCAGAUGGGUUAUAGAUUCUUGUUUGAUCUCGCUCAGUCCAAGCUCUCUUUUGCUCCUAACAUGUGUUAAGUAUACAGGAAAUUAGCUAGGAAGGUUAUACAAGCAAUGUACGUAUGUGCGUAUAUCCUCAUAAGAUCUAAGAGUUCAAUCACUUCAAUGUUUAGAACCAGCGUACUCGAGAGUGUAUUCAAGGCUCCAUACUCGAUGAUCAAAAUGUUAAAUCAGCUUUAUAUAUUGUAUAGGAGUG